GUAGAUAUUGACAAAUAGAAAUUACUUCCGUUUAUGGCCGUUUCUCUUUUCCUGUGACGGUCAACAUGCCACCUAAGAAGGAUUCUAAAGCGUCAGCAAAGCAACCCCAAAAGACUCAAAAAAAGAAGGAAGGGUCUGGAGGUGGUAAGGCUAAGAAGAAGAAGUGGUCCAAAGGAAAAGUCCGCGACAAGCUUAAUAACCAAGUUUUGUUCGACAAAGCCACUUAUGAUAAGUUGUAUAAAGAAGUUUCUUCUUACAAACUCAUCACACCUUCAGUGGUUUCAGAAAGAUUGAAGGUCCGUGGGUCGUUGGCAAGGCGAGCUUUGCUUGAAUUACAACAGAAAGGUUUAAUUAAACAAGUUGUAAAACACAGGGCUCAGCUGAUUUACACGAGAACUACAAAGGGUGAUGAUCAGGUUGCAUAAGAUUUUAUAUUAAAAUGUAUGACUACAUUUAAUAAAUAAUUUAAAGACAA